AUGGGGGGCAUAAGACACUUUGCCUCCUUGGGUCACACGGAAAUUUUCCACAAGUUGAAGCCUACCAGGCCGAGCAAGACCAUUACCACGGCCAUCAACCACCCAAACAUGGCGGGCAUCUUCCACCACGCCAUAUCGUGGCUCUACACCGCCCUUGCUCUCAUCGCCCAGCCGUCCCUGUUAACCUUCCUGGUGGCGAAACUCAUCGUCGCCGCCGCCUCGACCUGGAUCGCGACGGCGGACCACGGCUCCCCGCAAGGCGCACUCGUGCUCUUGCUCUUCUCGGCGACCUGGCUCCUCCACAUCACACGCCUCGUCCGUGCGCUCUACUCCAUAGUUCUGCCGAGCGCCUUCAUCGUCCUCGCCGCCUCGCUCGAGGGCGCAGACGGUGACGCCGGGAAGAACCCGUCCAACGACGAGGGCGUGCGGGGGGGCUUUACGGCGGCAUUGGCCGACCUCAAAGAGCAGUCCGGCACUGGGCUCGUCGAGCAUAUGGUCGAGCACCCGUGGUUUGCUUUCGAGACUCUCACGACAUAUUGGUCCGCAUACGUGCUGCUGGGUAUGUACGUCGCGGCGUACGCCUUCGGGGCGACGCGCAAGGUGUUGACGGCGCCGCUCGAGGCGUGGACCAGGGGCGGCGAGAACUUAGCGAGAUUCCAGAGGUAUCGGGAGGUCGAGACGCCUGUCCUUGUCGGUGAAAGGGGGAAGGCUGGCUUAGCGGCGAACUGA